UGGGAGGCAGCGCGUCUGUGGGCCGCAACCUCCAAUCCUUCGAGGACGGGAAUGUGCGCAACGAAAAGGAGACAUCGACCAAGAUCCGACCGCGCCUGAUCGCGAUGGAGAAGGAGACCGUAUAUCGCGUCAAGCCGGACGCAGACGCCGUUGUCGAUGACACCGCACCGCCCCCAGAAGGUGUUGUCCCGAAGAAAGACUUCUACGCGCCGUUAACCCCGUCGGUCUUUGGCAACGCGUCCCGUUCUCCCCGUCUGCCGCCGCUGGGCGGCGAGAAGCUGCCGCAGUCGGCCAAUGAUACUCGGAAAAGUGCAGGCACGGUGCCGAUCCACCCUGUUGACCACACAAAGCACCGAAGGGGCUCGCGACACGCCAACCUCGCCAACGACAUGACAAUGGCAUUCACGAUGGACGUGCUUUUCAAUCCCGUGACAAUCAAGCUCAUGGUCGCAUACUGCCACAGUAUUCCGUUCGCGUCCGACCGGCUGCUGUUCUGGGCCGAUGUCCAGCACCUGCGGACGCUUCCCAGUGCUCAGUACACGGAUCGCAUGCUCCAAAAGAUCUACCACAAGUUUGUGAGCGCCUCAGCACCGACGCCAAUCUGUGUGCCUACCAACGUCCUUCGCGAAAUCCAAAAGACGUGCGAGUCGUCGGCUGGCAUUCAAUCUGCGGGCGUCUUUGCUGAGGCGCAAGCGCUCUGCCUCCGGGAUCUAAAGAAGGACGUGUUUCCUCGGUUCCGAAAGCACAAACUCUUUCAGUCCAUGCAGGCAGCGUGCGAGACGCAGGCGUCCGAGAAAAAGCCUCGCUCGCGCUUCGCAUUGCUUCGCGAGACGCCUUCACUGCCACUCUUCCAGUACGACAGUACCUACAGCUUCGAGGCCGUCAUGGGUGACAAGUGGAAGUUGCGCUACUUCAAGAGCUAUUGCAUCGAAAACAUGUCAUCCGAAAAUCUCCUCUUCUUCCUCGAGGUGGACGAGUGUAAACGCCUCCCCAACCAGUCGUUUGUCCAGGCCACGGCGCGCAAGAUCUACGACACGUACCUCAAGCCUGGCGCAAAGCGGUACCUGAAUCUCUCCCUCCGGCUUCACAACGAGUUUGCCAUCCCGGACGACGCGGCCUUUGAGCCCUCCGCGUUUUUUGACGCGCAGUACCUCGUGCUCGAGUACAUCCGCGUCGAGCUCUGGCCGCGCUUCAGCAUCUCGGAGCCGUACAUCAAAUACUGCCAAACGGAGGCCGUGUCGCCGCAACCGUGGGACGAGUACCACCCCGAAAUCUCGGCUGAGCGAAUGGAGACGCUCAUGGCCGAGCUGGAUGCAAUGAGCCCCUCCGUGCUCAUCCAACGAGCGCUGUCGAUCCCCGUCGAAGCCAUCGCCAAUGCGCCAAAACCUCUGGCGCCAAACACGCUUAUGUUGCUCCUCCACGACAAGCUCGGACACCGAGCGUUCAAGCAGUUUCUGUCCGUAAAAGGCAACGCCCAUUACGUUGCCUUCAUCGACGAGGUCGACGAGUAUGAAGGCCUACCUGGCAUUGAGUUUAUGCAGCACACGGCCAAGAAGCUCUACAAAAAGUACCUGAGCGAAUCCUCCAAGCUCCAAGUGGACACCAGCACCAAGAUGCGCCAGGAGAUCGAGGCCAAGCUCUCGUCGCCAACCAUCGACAUGUUCAAAGCGGUUGUCGCCCGCGUAAAGCAAGGGUUGUUACGAGACGCCUUGCGCCGAUACCUCAAGUCGUCCAUAUACCUCGAACUCAACCUCCAAGCUCUAAAUCCCGAACUAGCAAAGGAGCUGGACGAGGCUGUUGCACAAGGGAAACUGGAAAUUCCGCACCUGGAAAUCUUUCUAUCGGACGCCACUUUCCUCGCCAACUUUAAGAGCUAUUGCAAGAGCCAGCACUGUAUCGAGAACCUCCUUUUCUGGGAAGAGGUCGAGGAAUUUCGGAGGCUACCGUCCAACCAAAUUGUGCUGCGCUGCGCCAAGAAGAUUGUCGAAAAGUACGUCAACAUCGAGACGUCCAAGACGCCGCUGGACCUUCCCGUCCACAUGCACGAGUUCCUCACCGACAACCUUGAGCACGUCGACCGCGCCUACUUCCACGAUGCUGUGGCCGAAGUCAUGGACGCGCUCCGCUCUAUUGAGCUCCCCGAUUUCCUCGAUUCGCCCCUCUUCAUGGUGCUCGUUGGGUCGUGGGUCACGAUGGACCAAGUGUACGCGGUGCACCACCUUCACAACGACCUCGAGUCGGCGUACUUUCGGCACCGGUUCCACUACAUUUGCGAGGCCAAGAAGGAGAAAAACCGAGACGAUGCGCUCGGGUAG